AUGGAAGAUGUCUUGGCUGAAAGAUUGUCUAGAGUUAGCAAGUUUGAUUUGCCUUCCAUUCCUUGCAGCAUUCCCUUGGAAUGUCAUCCUGAAUUCUCUCGGAUAUCUGAAGUUACUGAUGCAUGGGCUAUUAGAAUGUUGGGUAUCACUGAUCCAUAUGAGAGACAGAAAGCUAUUCAGGCAAGAUUCGGUUUGCUCACCGCACUAGCUACACCUAGGGGAGAGAGCAGUAAACUCGAGGUUGCAUCAAAGCAUUUCUGGACUUUUUUCGUUCUAGAUGACAUUGCCGAGACAGACUUCGGUGAGGAAGAGGGGCAAAAAGCUGCUGAUAUUUUGCUUGAAGUUGCUGAGGGAAGCUAUGUUUUUAGUGAAAAAGAAAAGCAGAAGAAUCCGAGCUAUGCCAUGUUUGAGGAGGUGAUGUCGAGCUUCCGCAGUCUCAUGGAUCCCCCACUGUUUGCUCGCUACAUGACUUGUCUGAAAAACUUUCUGGAUUCUGUGGUGGAGGAGGCCUCUUUGCGAUUUGCCAAAUCCAUUCCAAGCCUUGAGAAAUACCAGCUGCUCCGGAGAGAGACAGUCUUUGUUGAAGCGUCCGGAGGUAUUAUGUGUGAGUUUUGCAUGGAUCUCAAGCUGGAUAAGGGUGUGGUUGAAUCCCCAGAAUUCGUAGCCUUUGUCAAGGCAGUGGUUGAUCACGCCGCCCUUGUCAAUGAUCUCCUUUCCUUCCGACACGAGAUGAAAAUCAAGUGCUUCCACAACUAUCUCUGUGUCAUCUUUUUCCACAGCCCGGAUAAUGCAAGUUUUCAAGAGACUGUCGACAAGGUAUGCAAAAUGAUCCAGGAGAACGAAGCUGAGAUUUUGCAACUCCAAAAGAAGGUGAUGAAGAUGGGCGUGGAAACUGGGAACAAAGAUCUAGUGGAGUACGCAACAUGGUAUCCUUGUUUUGCAUCUGGACACCUUCGCUGGUCGUAUGUCACAGGACGCUACCAUGGACUUGACAAUCCACUGCUGAAUGGUGAACCAUUCCAUGGGACCUGGUUUUUACAUCCAGAAGUCACUCUCAUGUUGCCAUUUGGAUCCAAAUGUGGUGAUCAUCCAUGGAUUGCAAGAAGCUAGGGAUAUUGGGAAAUAAUUCCAUCUCAAUAGCGUGGUAUUCAUGUGAAGUUGGAGUCUUUAUAAUAUUGAAUC